CCGCUUCUUUCACUCUGCACUCCUCUCCCCCCAUUCCUCCCCCGCAACACCAGAGAUAGCCAUACCUCCGGUGUCGCACCCAAUUCCCCGCCCCCCCACGACAAGCGACCGACAGCGACCGAAGCUUCCGGCUUCCUCCCAAACAAACGUACACACACCGCCCACUUGGCGGUACUCAAGAAACAACCACGGCGUCACCCCAGAUCCCGGGCUUCCCCAGAAUGCCGGAACACAUACCAGCGGUUGAGUUGGACGAAAUCGACUACGAGAGUCUCGGAGGAGGCAGUCUCGUGUCGAACCUGUUGGCUGGAGCCUUCGCGGGCAUCAUGGAACAUACGGUUAUGUACCCGAUUGACGCUAUCAAGACCAGGAUGCAAAUCAUGAACCCGUCACCGAGCGCGAUGUACAACGGCAUCGCCCACGCUGCGGGAAAGAUCUCGGCGACCGAGGGAGUGAGAUCGUUGUGGCGCGGCAUCGCAAGUGUUGCGGUCGGUGCGGGUCCCGCCCACGCAAUCUACUUCGCUACUUACGAGAGCGUCAAGCAUAACUUGGGAGGCAACAUCGGAAAUGAGCAUCACCCCUUCGUCGCUGGUUUUGCCGGCGCUUGCGCUACUACCGCGAGCGAUGCCCUCAUGAAUCCGUUCGACGUCGUGAAGCAGCGGAUGCAGGUCCACGGAUCUACAUACAAGUCUAUCGGUGAUUGUGCCAAGACGGUGUACCGCCUCGAGGGACUGAAAGCCUUUUACAUUUCGUAUCCGACAACGCUUGCUAUGACCAUCCCAUUCACCGCGAUACAAUUUGCGGCAUAUGACUCCCUCAGCAAGUUCUUCAACCCCCGCAGGGGAUACGAUCCCAUGUCUCACUGUCUUUCCGGAGGACUCGCUGGCGCUGUCGCUGCAUCCGUCACGACUCCCUUGGAUGUCAUCAAGACCCUCCUGCAGACCCGCGGGACUGCUAGGGACGAGCGCAUCCGGAACUGUAAAGGACUCUUUGACGCCGCCAAAAUCAUCCAUGAACGCGAGGGGAUGCGUGGCUUCAUGAGGGGACUUCAGCCUCGCAUCGUCACUACUAUGCCGUCCACUGCGAUCUGCUGGACUGCCUACGAGAUGGCGAAGUUCUACCUGAUACGGAACAGCGCGGAGUCUUCCAGAGCCUCCUAGAUGACGAUACGAUACCAUUGCUAACCACCUUUCCCCUGUGAGCACUUACUACAACUUCAGCUUUCUAGAUCAGCAUCAUUACAAGCGUACCUUUCUUCUCCCUUGGUUCCUGCGACGAGAAUUGGUAUCU